CAGAGCUGGACACUGCUCGAAAUCAAAACCCCUUUUUUCUCAGAAAGUGAAAGAGAGAGAGAGAGAGAGGAACAGAGCACUCUGUUUUUGUUCAGCUCACUGGUGCCCAUUUUCGCCCUCCUCCACCUUCUUCUUCUUGACUUCACCAUUUCUCUUCUUCUGUGUGUGAUUGGAAAGGAGAAUUGGUUGAGAGGGAAGGUAAUUUUCUGUAAUGUCACGCCCACGCCCGCAGCCGCUGCUGCUUGGCUCUCUUGCUCCGUUGAGAGAGAGAGCCAACCCUCUUCUUUAGCUAACUCACUCACGAGGAAGAACCCAGCCGCCAUAGUCUGAGCUGGGGAUUUGCUGGUUUUGGGAAAAAAAAUUGGGGGUGUGGACGCUGAAACAGGGAGUCAAGUUUGGAUUUUUGUUGUAAAUUUUUUUCCCGUUUCGUUUCUUGGGGUUUUCCCCCUUUUGAGUCUUAUUGAGUUGGGUUUUUUUUUCUUUCUUUCUUUUGCCCCGUUCUUCGUUCCUUUCCGUGUUGGCGAACCGUUCCGUCAAGGUCUGAAAGCUACAAGUUUCUCAGAUAGUUCCAUUUGAAGGGGUUUUCUUCUCAAAAAUAGUUGGUUGCUCUGUUUUCAUUUCUCUCUUUUUUCAGCUUCAAGAUUCUUUCUUACUUCACCUCAAAACCUCACUGCCCUCCUUUUCUUUUCUCUCUCUCCGUCUUUGUAUCAAUCAAAGGACGGAACUUUACUAAAGACCCAGAGAAUCUUAACCCACAAGCCCUCAUCCCUAGAACGGGGAAAAACCGAAAAAACAAAUCCAGAAAAUUCCAAGUCUUUUCCCCACUCCUCUGUUUUUUGUCUCUCUGUCUGGUUUCUGGUGAAGAAAAAAUGGCGAUGAUGGCGGUGGCGCCGCACCGAGAGAGCAGCAGUGGGAGCAUCAGCAAGCACUUGACUGACAGCGGCAAGUAUGUGAGGUACACGACGGAGCAAGUUGAAGCCCUUGAAAGGGUCUAUGCCGAGUGCCCCAAACCCAGCUCGUUGAGGAGGCAGCAGCUCAUUAGGGAAUGCCCCAUUCUUUCCAACAUCGAGCCCAAGCAGAUCAAAGUUUGGUUUCAAAAUCGCAGGUGUCGGGAGAAGCAGCGGAAAGAGUCUUCGAGGCUGCAGACUGUGAACCGGAAAUUGACGGCGAUGAAUAAGCUGUUGAUGGAGGAGAAUGAUAGGUUGCAGAAACAGGUGUCGCAGCUUGUAUGCGAAAAUGCCUACAUGCGGCAACAACUGCAGGCUGUCAAUGGGUCGGCAGCAACUGAUGGAAGUUGUGACUCUGUGGUAACCACUCCUCAGCAUUCACUCAGAGAUGCCAAUAACCCUGCUGGACUCCUCUCCAUUGCGGAGGAGACCUUGACAGAGUUCCUAUCAAAGGCUACAGGAACUGCUGUCGAUUGGGUCCAGAUGCCUGGGAUGAAGCCUGGUCCGGAUUCGGUUGGGAUCUUUGCCAUUUCGCAAAGUUGUGGUGGAGUGGCAGCUCGAGCUUGUGGUCUUGUGAGCUUAGAACCAACGAAGAUAGCAGAGAUACUUAAAGAUCGUCCAUCUUGGUUUCGGGACUGUCGGAGCACUGAAGUGUUUACCAUGUUUCCAGCUGGAAAUGGUGGAACUAUUGAACUUGUUUACAGUCAGACGUACGCUCCUACAACCCUGGCUCCUGCACGGGAUUUCUGGACACUCAGAUAUACUAAAACCUUAGAGAAUGGCAGUCUUGUGAUCUGUGAGAGGUCUCUUUCUGGAUCUGGUGCUGGUCCAAGUGCAUCUGCAACUUCUCAGUUUGUCAGAGCAGAAAUGCUGCCAAGUGGCUAUCUGAUACGGCCUUGUGAGGGGGGAGGGUCAAUCAUACACAUUGUUGAUCAUCUGAACCUUGAGGCUUGGAGUGUUCCUGAAGUGCUUCGACCUCUGUACGAAUCAUCAAAAGUUGUUGCACAAAAAAUUACAAUUGCAGCACUACGGUAUGUAAGGCAAAUAGCUCAAGAGACCAGUGGUGAGGUGGUGUACGGUCUGGGCAGGCAGCCAGCUGUACUGAGAACUUUCAGUCAAAGAUUGAGCAGAGGAUUUAAUGAUGCAGUCAAUGGGUUCAAUGAUGAUGGGUGGUCUGUGAUGGCAUGCGAUGGAGCUGAAGAUGUCAUAAUUUCUGUUAAUUCUACCAAGAAUUUAACCAGCACUUCUAAUCCUGCCAACUCCUUUGCAUUCCUUGGAGGGGUCCUUUGUGCCAAGGCUUCCAUGCUGCUGCAAAAUGUCCCUCCUGCAGUUUUGGUACGCUUCCUGAGGGAGCACCGUUCAGAAUGGGCUGAUUUCAAUGUGGAUGCCUAUUCUGCCGCCUCGCUAAAGUCUGGUUCGUAUGCAUAUCCAGGAAUGAGGCCUACUAGGUUUACAGGGAGCCAAAUAAUCAUGCCACUUGGUCACACUAUAGAGAAUGAGGAGAUGCUUGAAGUUAUCCGACUAGAAGGUCAUUCUCUAGUGCAAGAAGAUGCCUUUGUUUCAAGAGACAUUCAUCUCUUGCAGAUUUGCAGUGGAAUUGAUGAAAAUGCAGUUGGAGCUUGUUCAGAACUUGUCUUUGCUCCAAUUGAUGAAAUGUUCCCUGAUGACGCCCCAUUACUCCCUUCUGGUUUUCGUGUCAUCCCAUUGGAUUCAAAAGCAAAGGAUACUCAGGAUGCCUUGAAUGCAAAUCGUACUCUAGAUCUAACGUCGAGUCUUGAAGUGGGUCCUGCAACAAAUCCUUCUGCUCAGGAUGCUUCAUCAUCUGGUCAAAAUUUGCGAUCAGUGUUGACCAUCGCCUUCCAGUUCCCAUACGAGAGCAACCUGCAGGAAAAUGUUGCUACCAUGGCAAGGCAGUAUGUCAGAAGUGUGAUAUCAUCGGUUCAGAGGGUUGCAAUGGCCAUAUCCCCAUCUGGAUUGAACCCAUCCUUGGGGCCCAAGCUAUCUCCUGGCUCUCCUGAAGCCCUUACCCUUGCACAGUGGAUCAGCCAAUCUUACAGUUACUAUACAGGAGGAGAGUUGCUGAAUUCUGAUGAUUCUUCAACUGGAGGAGACUCAGUGUUGAAAAGUCUGUGGCAUCAUCCGGAUGCCAUUUUGUGCUGUUCAUUGAAGUCGCUGCCCGUGUUCAUCUUUGCGAAUCAAGCAGGGCUCGACAUGCUGGAAACGACUCUGGUAUCUCUGCAAGACAUCACAUUGGAUAAGAUCUUCGAUGAAUCCGGUCGAAAGGCACUGUGUGGGGACUUUGCAAAGUUGAUGCAACAGGGGCUUGCUUACUUGGCGGGCGGGAUGUGCAUGUCGACGAUGGGGCGACACGUGUCGUUCGAUCAAGCCGUUGCGUGGAAAGUGCAUGCUGCUGGAGAGGAGAGCACAGUGCACUGCCUGGCCUUCUCAUUUGUUAACUGGUCUUUUGUGUGAGAGUGAUGUAGGAUGGUAGGUUCCUUUUGAUCCAAGUAAUCCUUUAGUCAAGAAACAGCCUGUGUCUUUCUGGUAAGUGGUCGGGGAAAAUGCAGGGAGAGAGAGUUGUGAAACCAAAGAAAGAAAACGGGAAAGUAGAGAUGGGAAAAAAAGGGUUGGGACUUGGGAGGGUGAUGAAGUGAAAGUUUUGUAUGUAAUAUUUAAGGGUUUGCAGAUUAUGUAUUUCAUAAUUAAUUUAAUCUGAUGUGUUUAUCUAAGUUCAUCCAGGAACCAGGAUGGUACCCAAGUUUGAAGGACAGUUUGUAUUUGUCCUUGUUGGAGUCUUUUUUUGUACUUUGGUGGCAGAAAUGACUCCCAUCAUUGCAUCUCCAGAAAACCUUUUAAAAGUGGAGUAGCAAAUAAAGAUGAACAACUCAGA